AUGGCUAGGAAGAAAAUCAAGAUGGCUAGGUUGGUCGAUGAGCGCAGAAGAUCAGUUGUUCUUCAAGAAAGGAUGGAAACUUUAUUUAAGAAAGCAGAUGAGCUAUCCAUUUUGUGUGGUGUAGAAAUUGGUAUUGUUGUUUUUAGAACUGAUAAAAUAAAUAAUGAAUCUGUGUGGCCAUCAAGAGACAAAUUUAAACAACUCUUGCUGAGGUUUUUAGAUAAACCACUGGUAGAGAGGCUUAAGAAGUUGACAACACACGAAAAGUUUCUCAGGAAAGAGAUGGAGAAGAAUGUGAGAAAAAUUGAUCAGCAGAAAGUUGAAGAAAAGGAAAUGGAACAACUAUUUAAGCAGUUAUAUCUUGGGGAAAAGACUAUCUUUGAACUGGAUAAAAGACAACUUAUAGGUGUUGGCAACUUGGCUAUGAAAGCGAAAGAGAAGGCUGUUGAAAGGAGAAUACGACUCAAGUUACAAGAUCGUGUUUGGUUACCAAUUGAUCACAUACCACUUCGAGUGGCUCCACUUAAUGUACAAGAUCAAUGUCUUCAGUUACUUGUUGAUGAUCCUUUGGCACUUCGAUUGGCUCCACUUAACGUACAAGAUCAACGUCUUCAGUUACUUGUUGAUGAUCCUUUAGCACUUCGAUUGGCUCCUCCCGGGAAUUAA